UUGCCGUCGCUCUCGGGGCCGCCUGCACGUCGCGUCUGCGCCGUCGCCGCCGCCGCCGGCCCCGCGCCCCGCUCCUCCCGGGUCGGCCAUGGCAAUGACAGGUUCAACACCUUGCUCAUCCAUGAGUAAUCAUACGAAGGAAAGGGUGACAAUGACCAAAGUGACACUGGAGAAUUUUUAUAGCAACCUGAUUGCUCAACAUGAAGAACGAGAAAUGAGACAAAAGAAGUUAGAAAAAGUGAUGGAAGAAGAAGGUCUAAAGGAUGAAGAGAAACGACUCAGGAGAUCAGCACAUGCUCGGAAGGAAACAGAGUUUCUUCGAUUAAAGAGAACAAGGCUUGGAUUGGAAGAUUUUGAGUCUUUAAAAGUCAUAGGCCGAGGAGCAUUUGGUGAGGUGCGGCUCGUUCAGAAGAAAGACACGGGGCAUGUGUAUGCGAUGAAAAUCCUGCGCAAAGCAGACAUGCUCGAGAAGGAGCAGGUUGGCCACAUUCGUGCGGAGCGUGACAUUCUAGUGGAGGCAGACAGUUUGUGGGUUGUGAAAAUGUUCUAUAGUUUUCAGGAUAAGCUAAACCUCUACCUAAUCAUGGAGUUCCUGCCUGGAGGCGACAUGAUGACCUUAUUGAUGAAAAAGGAUACUCUGACAGAAGAGGAGACUCAGUUUUACAUAGCAGAAACAGUAUUAGCCAUAGACUCCAUUCACCAGCUGGGAUUCAUCCAUAGAGACAUCAAACCAGACAACCUUCUCUUGGACAGCAAGGGCCAUGUGAAACUUUCUGACUUUGGCCUUUGCACAGGCCUGAAGAAAGCACAUAGGACAGAAUUUUAUAGGAACCUGAACCACAGCCUGCCCAGUGACUUCACUUUCCAGAACAUGAAUUCCAAAAGGAAAGCGGAGACCUGGAAAAGAAACAGACGCCAGCUAGCCUUCUCUACGGUGGGCACUCCUGAUUACAUCGCUCCUGAGGUGUUCAUGCAGACCGGCUACAACAAGCUCUGUGAUUGGUGGUCCCUUGGGGUGAUCAUGUACGAGAUGCUCAUCGGCUACCCACCCUUCUGCUCCGAGACCCCACAAGAGACAUAUAAGAAGGUGAUGAACUGGAAGGAAACUUUGACCUUUCCCCCAGAAGUUCCUGUCUCCGAGAAAGCCAAGGGCCUGAUUCUGAGGUUCUGCUGUGAAUGGGAACAUAGAAUCGGAGCCUCUGGAGUUGAGGAAAUAAAAAGUAAUCCUUUUUUUGAAGGUGUUGACUGGGAACAUAUCAGGGAGAGACCAGCUGCCAUAUCUAUUGAAAUCAAGAGCAUCGAUGAUACCUCAAACUUCGAUGAAUUUCCAGAGUCUGAUAUUCUUAAACCCACAGUGACCACAAGUAAUCACCCCGAGACUGACUACAAGAACAAAGACUGGGUCUUCAUCAACUACACAUACAAGCGCUUUGAGGGCCUGACAGCCAGGGGGGCCAUACCUUCCUACAUGAAGGCACCCAAGUAAGGCCUGUGCUGGGAACCCUAGACUGGCCAGAGUUCUCCGUACAACAUUGUGGUUUGCCUCUCACGCUCUUGAAAGAACUUCCAAGAAGUUUGUAGACCCCAUUAACACGUCAUAGUCAAGUCUCUGAAAUGUGAUUGUAAGUGGCUGUUCCCCCACAGUGCCCCAGGGAACGGAUAGGACGAAGACAAGCAUUUCUCCAGCAGCCACAAGCAGCUGUCUUGCUUCUCUAGAAGCUCUGUGAGCCAGUUUGCUAGGUGUUUCAAAGAGAAUUUGAAUUCCCGAAGUUCAUCAGAAUGAAGGGGAAAAAGAGCCAUCAUCCACCAUUACUGAGAUUAUAGACACUGAGUACCAGCCAAUGCCUGUGUUGUGGUGAUAUGCCACCUGCCAAGCCCACCAAGUAUUUUUCUCUUUAUAGCUGAAAAUCCUACAGUUAAAGAAAUGACGCAAUAAUGAAAAUCUGUGUGAACAGCCAACAGUGUGGCUGAAGGAACGAUCUCCGUCCUGUGGGUGUGGGUGUUUUCUCCCCAUACCUCGGCCUGGGCGAGGAGCUUUCCCUAGCCUUCAUUCAUGGUGCACUUUACUUAUGGUACUAGGGCAAAGACCCGGAUCCACUGACCUAUCUCCCAUCCAAAAGACUCGUGCUGCUCUUCUGAGUGUUGAUGGGGAGGCACUAGUGUGAUCCUUUGUGGCUGCUGGCCCACAAGCCACUGGACACUGCCAAGGAGUUCUGGACCAUGUUCAACCCUCACUUUCUCUUCACGGCUAUUUGAGAAGAUCUGGAGACACGUGCUGCCUACGAGCAAUACCUGGAAGUGCUCCCAGGACGGCUUGUUCCUGAGAACACAGCAGAGGACCCGGUGGAGGGAGGCUCCGGUGCUGCCAUGCAAGAUCUCACAGCCUCCUUGGAAGCCAAGGCCGACGCAGCCCAGAGGAGUCCUCGGGCUCAUUCCUCAACUCAUGGUGCAACUGUGUUUGUCUUGGUGUUUCCCUAUCCCAGCUUCAAGUAGCCAUUUUGCCUUGGAAUCAUGAUUACAAAUUUUUCCUUUGCAGAUGCCUUCCUGGGGGAUACUUGCCCCUGCACCCAAAAGGGUUGCCUGCAGCUUGGGCUGACCUGGCCUCUCCGCUGUGGCGUUCUCUCAUGAGAAACACUGAAUUUAGCACAAAGUGCCUUCUCUGUCACAGCUGCUGCCACCUUGGAAGACUUUGCUGCGUCAGAAAAAUGUGGAGGUCCAUAUGAAUGAAUGCAUUAUUAGUUUGGUUUCAAGUGCUGACAACUGUUAAGGCAUUAGUUGCUCCUGUGUGGUGACUUGCAGUGUCCUGGCCAGGCUACAGCUGGGAUGCGCUCUCUGCCAGGCUUGACGUUGUGAAGGUCAGCUCUGUCCUAGCUCAGCUAUUCAGAGAGUAGAAUAGAAGACUUAAAGUUGUAAGCAAAACUGCUUUGUUUCCAUGUCUUAGAUGAAGAAAAAGGAAUGUUAGGGAAGUCUUCACUCUGGGGAAGGGUGCUGGAUGUCUUAGCUCCUUCAUCUUUCAUGCAGAGCCUGCCGGGACAAAGGAGACAGAAGGGCCUGUGCGGCUCUGAGCUCUCCACUACCAAACAGUUGGGGUCCUGAUCCCUGUGUGUUGCAGGAGUGUGUGAGCAUGGGUGAAGAGGUGAUAUAGAGUAGUGUGGAGCCUGUGUGGUGGGGAAUGCUUCGUUCUGGGGAAAUGCCCACAUUUUAACUACUCAACCUUUGAAUAAACUGUGAAAACAGUAAUGGGA